AUGUCAAAGCGAGGAAUUGGGGGGCGGGGGAAAGGGGAGCGAACGGACGCCAUGGCAACCCUUCAAGCAGCCAAUGAUGAGCUUCGAGCCAAACUGACAGACAUCCAAAUAGAACUACAACAAGAGAAGAAUAAGGUGAGUCGUCUGGAGAGAGAGAAGAGUCAGGAGCUGAAGGCGGAGCAUCACCGAGCAACGGUUGCUGUGACGGAACUAAAAACCAAACUCCACGAGGAGAAGCAGAAGGAACUGGCAGUUACUAGAGAGACGUUACUACGGCAACACGAGAUGGAAUUGAUGAGGGUCAUCAAGAUCAAAGACGGAGAGAUUCAGCGUCUGAAUGGACUGGUGCUCACGCUGCGGGACGGAUCCACGGACAAGGUGAGGAGCGCUCUGCUGGCGGAAGUGGAAGAGGCAAGGAGGAGCUGGGAGGCAGAGCGUUGUCGCCUCCAGCAGGAAGUUCAGGAGCUAAGAGGAGCUAAGAGGUUCACAGAGGAGGCUCUGAUGUCGACUCAGCAGGCCUGUCAGGCCCGAGCAGCCGAUCUGCGAUCGGCUCAUCACCAACACCAGGAGGUGCUGAACAGAACCAAGAGAGACUGCGAGAGGGAGAUUCGCCGACUGAUGGAUGAGAUAAAACUGAAGGACCGAGCGGUCAGUGUUUUGGACAAAGCGCUGGGGCUGCAGGCUGGACAUGCUCACCGCCUGCAGCUGCAGACUCAGGCAGCAGAGCAGCAAAUCGCAGCCCUGAGAGACGCCCAGAGGGUGGGGACAAACCAGCCCAGUCACACCCCUAGCCCCGCCCCUAACACUGCUCCUCACAUUGAUGACCGGGACACCCGGAGGUUUCAGUUGAGAAUUGCUGAGCUCAGCGCCAUCGUCAGGAAGCUGGAGGAUCGAAACGCUCUGCUGUCUGAAGAACGCAACGAGCUGCUGAAGCGUCUGCGAGAGGCUGAGAGUCAGUUUCUUCCUCUACUGGACAAAAACAAAAGACUGAGCAGGAAGAACGAAGAACAGGCGCUUGCACUGCGUCGCCUCGGCAACAAGCUUCAAUUUGUCACACAGGAGAACCUGGAGAUGGUAGCUAUGAGAAGACCCAGUUCAUUAAAUGACCUGGACCGCAGCCACUCCACCAGUUACCAUGGUUACAGCCAGGAGGAGAGGGAGAUGGAGUUUCUGCGGUUACAGGUUCUGGAGCAACAACACGUCAUCGAUGACCUGUCCAAGGCUCUGGAGACGGCUGGUUAUGUAAAGAAUGUUAUAGAGAGAGACAUGUUACUGAGAUACAGACGCCAGGACUCAGUGAGGAGGAAACGAACGUUCAGAGCCUGCAGGGUCAUAGAGACGUUCUUUGGUUAUGAUGAAGAAGCGUCGGUUGACUCUGAUGGAUCGUCAUUGUCUUUUCAUACCGACAGAACUCCAGACACUGAACCAGAGGAGACGUCUGUGCGUGAGGAGGCGGAGCUUCGUUACCGUCAGCUGACUCAGGAGUACCAGGCGCUGCAGCGAGCUUAUGCUCUCCUGACGGAGACAAGUGGAGGAAACUACGAUGCAGAGAACGAGAUCAAGACAAGAGAACAGCUGUUGACAGAAAUUAACCGAUAUCAAAGUCGAGUCAGUGACCUGGAGACAGCGCUAACACAACAAGGACUGGAUGUGCAGUGGGUGGAGCAGAAACAGUCUCUCUAUCAGCGGAACCAGGAGCUCGUUGAAAAGGUGAAGCUGAUGGAGGCUGAAGAGCUGCGACUGAAAAACGACAUUCAAGACGUCAGAGAUCAAAGCGAACUGCUGGAGUUCAGGAUCCUAGAGCUGGAGGAGAGGGAGCGACGUUCACCUGCCAUUAACUUCCAACAACUCCAUUUCCCAGAAGGCCUCAGUCCUCUGCAGAUCUACUGUGAGGCAGAGGGAGUCACAGAAAUUGUGAUCAGUGAGUUGAUGAAGAAACUGGACAUUCUGGGAGAUAACGCCAAUCUGUCCAAUGAGGAGCAGGUGGUGGUGAUUCAUGCCAGGACCGUGCUCACGUUGGCAGAGAAGGUCCACCUGUCUGUCUGUCUCUCUCCAUCUGUCUGUCUGUCUCCACCUGUCUGUCUCUUUGAUCAGUGGCUGGAGUCCAUUGAAGUGACCAAGUCGUUUCUGCAGCAGAAGAUGUUGGACAUUGAGAGUGAGAAGGAUCUGUUCAGUAAACAGAAAGGUUAUCUGGACGAGGAGCUAGACUACAGGAAGCAGUCGAUGGAUCAGGCUCACAAGAGGAUCCUGGAGCUGGAGGCCAUGUUGUUUGAGGCUCUGCAGCAGGAGGAGUUAUCCAGGAUAGAGGGAUUCAAGAUGGACGACAGUCGUCUCUCUGAAACUCUAACGGAGGAGGAGAGGGAGGGGCUAAGGAGAGCCAUGGACCAAUGGAAACGAAGUGUGAUGUGUGAACUGAGAGAACGAGAUGCUCAGAUCCUCCGAGACAGGAUGGAGAUACUGCAGCUGACGCAACAGAGAAACAAGGAGCUGGAGGAGUUCAUAGAAAACCAGAAACGACAGAUCAAAGAACUGGAGGAGAAGUUUCUCUUCUUGUUUCUCUUCUUCUCUUUGGCCUUCAUCCUCUGGUCCUAA